AUGUACACCGGUUGUGGUCACCGCCUGCCCCCUCCGACCCAUCCCCAGGCACCCGGCGCAGGAGGGCCCCGCCCCCAGGCCCACAUGGUCAUGCCCUCCCCCCAGCCCGGGUUCGCCUUUCCAGCCGCUGCCAGCGGGGCGGCCCCCUCGCCAGGCCCGGGGGCAACAGGCCCGGGCGCGACGCCCCCGCUCCCACCCGGCCCCGGCUUCCACCUGAGUGCCCAGCCCGCCGUCUCCCCGCGCCCAGGCAGGGGGUUUGCCGUGCCCGCCCAAGUUCCCCACCCCGGCGCGUCCCCCGCGCCGGGAUCGGCGCCCUCGGCGCCCGCGGCGCCGGCCGUCCCGCAGCCCGGCACCCCCGCCGCCUCCGCCGCCGCGGCGGCCGCGCUGGCCGCCGCGGGCCCCCGCGGCCCCCCUUUCUUCCACUUCCGCCCCGGCUUCCAGUUCCCCCCCGGCUUCCAGUUCCCGCCGGGCUUCCAGCUGCCGCCCGGCUUUGCGCUGCGCCCCGCCAUGCCCGGCCCCCCCGGGUCACGGCCUCCCGGGGUCGCGGCGUUCGGCACCCCCCAGCAGCAGGCCACGGCCGCGGCGCUGAUGAUGCACCAGCAGCAGAUCUUGGCUGCCGCGGCAGCGCACCACCAGCAGGCCCAAGCCAACGCCGCCGCGGCGGCUGCCGCAGCUGCCGCGGCCGGCGGCGCGGCCGGGGGCGCGGCCGCGCCCCAGGGCGGCGCUGCGCCGCACCGCGCGCUCCCCCUGACCCAGCUAGCCGCGCAGCAGAAGGCCAUGGUCGCCAGCGCGGCGGCGGCCGUGGCUGCGGCGCAGGCCGCCUCCAGCGCGGCGGCCGCCGCGGCCGCCGCCUCGCCCGCCUCCGGCCCCGGCCGGGGUCCCGGCGCCGUGGCGCCCGGCACCCCGCCAGGCCUCAUCCCCGCGACGUCGCCAGGGUCGCUGGGCUCCAGCCCCUCCCUCCUCCCCGCCCCGGCCAGCGUGUCCCCCGCCGGCAGCGGCGAGCUGCGCGUGCAGGGCGCGCUGUCCGCCGAGCUACGGGCCAGCCCCCGGCACGGCGACGGCGAGGUGGCCUCGGGCCUGCUGCCGCCCGACGCGACGGCGGCGGCGGCGCCGGAGCCCAUGGUGCCGUCGGGAGUGCCGCCGCCGGUGGUCGUGUCCAAGGGUCGGAACAAAACGUACCGCGGCGUGCGGCAGCGCCCCUGGGGCAAGUGGGCGGCCGAGAUCCGGGACCCCACCGUGGGCGCGCGGCGCUGGCUGGGCACAUUCGACACCGCGGAGGAGGCGGCGCGCGCCUACGAUGCGGCCGCGCGCGCCAUCCGCGGCGCGCACGCCAACUGGACGCAGGGCCCGACGCCACCUCCUGCUCGCUGA